AUGUUCAAGCAUUGGGCCCAAUAUUUGAAUGGCCGCAGUGUUGAGAAGGUGCUGAUGCGGAGAGAGUGCAUUAAUCUCACGCUGCGCCUCCUCUUAAAUGGCGCCUUUGAGUAUGACGAGCCUGUACUUUCGACGCAGAUGUGGAAUCUACACAAGACAUGUCCCAUACUGACCAACCACCUUCUCCCGUCAUCCGAGAAGUGGGACAUUGUCGAAGAAGCCUCCAUCAAUGUCCUCCAGCCCGACAGCUCGCACAUCUCGCCGAAAGCCACCCUAUGCGUCCGCCGGGAGGAUGUGGAGAAAGAGUUGGAUUUGCCUUUGUGGCCAGAGCAGCUCCAGGAGGGGCUUCCAUUCGUGCAAAAACUACGAGAAGCAUACCGUGUGGAUUAUGAAGAUCCUCAUAUUACAAGUCUUGGGAGCCGCCCAUUGCAGUACUUCUCCCAGUUCAGUUUCAUCGAUCCUAGCACACGCCACAGAGUAACUUUUAAAGCAGGGAAUUGCUUUACCGUCCGGGGAAGGAGCAUUUGCCGGUUCGAAGUUGGCUUCGUUCACGAAAAGAUUCAAGGCGAGGCAAGGCUGUUUGCAAUUGUGUCAGAUAUCAAAGAAUGUGGGACAGAGGACCCUGUUCUUCAACUCCCUCAAAUGAGGGUUGUCCACAACAGCCAGGGAAUCGUAGGACUUCCAGGGAUUGGAAGUAACCCGGUGUUCAUAGUCAGUAUUAAUCAAGAAAGAAAGCAAGCCGCCUCAGUAUAUUCUAAGGGGCCACUGAGUUUGGAUCAAACAGCACGCCGAGGUGAGGUAGAUCUUGGCCUUCGAGGCUCAUCAGCAGCAAUGCUGGUGCACUGCUGGUGGGACGUGGGAGUAAUGUGA